AAACUGUUUGGGGACAGAGCCACAGGACGUCUCCCUCAACACCAAACCCGAACCCGAACCCGGACGAAACCCGGCGAGAAGGUCCCCCGUCGACCCGGACACUUGAACCCAGACCGGUUUACCACCUGGUGCUGGUAUUCUGGAGACUUCCACGGUAAACUCAGCUGUUAAGUAGCUCCGAGGCACACCGGAUACGACAGCCGUUACCAAGAGAAAGACUUCCGUUGAGGAGCCCGGCGGGGGAAAAUUCUUUCAAUCGAUAUUUACUCGAAAGCAUCGGCAUGUAGCUGCUCAGUGUUCAGGCCCUUACAGACUUUGCUCCAAGGCUGCCUGGAAGGACUCACCAAUUAGAUGCUGAUGACCUUUCCUGACCCUGAUGUCCUUUUUUAGUUUAACCAGUGGCUGGUUAAUAAUAAUAACACACCAUGUCAUGCUUUGAUUUAUUGCUAAUCAGAGGCUCAUUCAGCCCCCCUUCAACAGAGAUCCCCCAGAGAGAGGUUUAACUGAGCUGAAGGAUUAAUUCCACUUAGUGGUUCACUGGGGUGUCGUAAGUCUUGCUUUCUGUUAUGGAAGGGACACCGGAGACCUGUAAUUGUUAUAAAUGCUGCCACUCUGCCUCAUCUCAGCCCAAAUCCAUCUGUGCCAUCUAAAUGAGCCAACAGGCUGCAGUGGUGGGACCGUUCAGUUGCUGUAAAUCAUUAAAGCAUGACAGAUGUGUGACAGAUGUGAGGGUAGGAGGUGGACUGGGCAUGGGCAGGGUCUGCUUUGCAGUGUUGUGUGGUGGAUAUCUGUUUGGAACUACUCCACCAUCGAAAAAACAUGCAAAUAGCUGGCUUUAAGGCUGUCCAUCAUGAAGAAGCGAGCCAACAAGGUGCUGGAGGAGGAGGAAACCUUGUGCUGCUGCGAGUAUGUGAACAGGCUCGGAGAUCGCAGCCAUGUAGCAGCCUGCUGCUGUGACUGUGAGGACCUGGAUGACGCCUGUGACAGGUUUCUGAAGAGGGAGCCUCAGAAGCCUGAAUCCCUGUCACAGGUGGCUGCAGUUGUCACAGACCGGAUUCGUGUGCCCUGGCUGUGGGGUGGAGCCCAAAAAGUGGACCUGUCUGUCAUCCCUCCUCUUAUUCUCCUUCCUGUCCUGUUGCAACUCGCUGCUCUCCACUUCCUGCUCGGCAUGGUGACUCUGACAGCUCUGCCCGGCCUGGUGCUGUGGUACUACUAUUUCACCCACCGCAAGAAGGGACGGACGCUCUUCUUCCUCAGCCUGGCCCUCUUCUCCCUGGCGUACAUGUACUACUUGUUCAUCACAGAGGUGUUUCCCCAUGGGGAUGUUGGCCUGGUCCAGCUGGCGGUGGUAACUGGAGGGGUCGUACUCACCCUGGUAGCCCUUGUCCACACCAAGAGAGAACCCGGCAUUGUGCGGUCAAACCAAGAGGACGUCCACAGCACUGUGACGUAUUACGGCCCUCUGGCAGGUAGAAACCCUGCCCUCAACGGGUUGAGGCAGGAUGUGACGAUGACAGUAGCCAACCGGGCGGGAUCGUCGGAGCAGGCGGGGGCGGAGCUGAAGGAAAGUAAUCGAAGGAACUGGUGUCCAGUGUGCAGGGUGGUGCGGCCCCCGAGGGCGGGACAUUGUCGGAUCUGCGGUGUCUGCGUGCUGCGUCUCGACCACCACUGUGUCUGGAUAAACAGCUGUGUGGGGCAGGCCAAUCACCGCAGCUUCCUGCUAACACUCGUCCUCUUCCUGUUGACGUCCCUGUACGGGAUUAGCCUUGUGCUGCAGUGUGUGUGUCCAAAACAACACCUCUUCACCGCCCUGCUCUACUGCCCGGGGGUCUACAACCAGUACAGCACUGCACUCUGCUUCACCUGUGCUUGGUACAGCAGUAUCGUGACCAUUGGGCUGCUCCACCUGCUGGUGGUGCAGGUCAUCAACGUCAGCUACAACGUAACAGAGCGCGAGGCACGCGUCGCCCUGCGAGACAAAACCGCUCGCAGCGCUUACUGGGGACUUGUCGUGGACACCGGCGUCUACUCUCGAGGUUUCCGUGGCAACUGGGCAGAGUUCAUGACCAUGGGAGAAAAACUGAGUCCUCCCUCCCUCGCCCCAAUAGACCUGUGCCUUGCUGGGAGUCGGUGUACAAGAAAAAUGUGAGAAUGAGUAAUCUGUUGAUCCUCGUAGGGACAUUUUCUCUGAGCACAACGUCAGCAACAAGAUGACGUCUUCGGAGUUGGUCAGUCCUGCACAAAACAUGGGCUGAAUAUCAUUUCAAGGAUGGUCUUUCUGCACACUUUGUCUUCCACAAACACUGCAGUGUUCACAAAGGAGCAUACCUUACUUGACCUUGUGAAAUAUGUCAUGGAUAUUUAUCACAGAUAAAUGAAACAUCACAGCACAAGCCACAUAAUCAGGCUAAUUAAAGUUCUACAGCCUGUCAUUGCAUUAAAUAUAAAGAAUGAUUAGAUAGUUAUGAAUAUGGGUAUUUACUUUUACUCUCUUAAGCUGGUUCAAACUGACUCCUGAAUUACACAACUCUAGAAAUAUGAAAAAAGCAAAUAAAUAAAUACACAUGUCAGCUUGAGUAGUGCGUUCCACUAUCGCUGCUUUUAUUAGCUUUUUUUUUUUUUUUUUUUUUUUGGUAUCCCAAAAAAUAUAUGGGUCCAGUUGUGUGCUUGUAUGAAAUGAAUUUAAUUUAUUUUAUAUUAAAUAAAUGUGUAAUUGUAUGCA